CACAAAUUGUAAACCCCGUUACCGUUCUCUUUGCAACUCUGACUGUGAGCGCGUCGCGUUUUCAGAGCGCCAAGGUUACUUCUGAAGUUUGCGCAGCAGACUGAGAAACAUCCUGAAAGAUCACGUUGCAGUUGUCAAUGUUGCGCCUUGUCCGCGCCAGAACUCGAUUUGCAGCUGGACAAGAUACAUAGGUUGCGGUGACAUAAUAGAAACAACGACGUGUUUGCACAUUUUCUAAAGUUGCUCGUGUUGAUGAGAGGUCUCCUGUUUUGACCGAUUUUCGCCAACAGAUUGACAACCAGCUGAGGUGAUGUCAAAUCACCUCAAGAAUGUUGCGACGGUUGGGCUGCGGUGGCGGCUCGUUGACGCCAAAGGGGAGGUGCUGGGCCGCCUGGCCUCGCAGGUCUCCAUGAUUCUGAUGGGCAAAGACAAGCCGACGUACACGCCCCACUGGGACGAGGGCGAUGUGGUGGUAGUCAAGAAUGCGCGCCAUGUGGAGCUGACGGGGAAGAAGGUCAAGGAGAAGGUGUACAAGUGGUACACAGGGUAUGUAGGUGGCCUGAAAGAAAGAACGGUGGAGGAGCAAUUUGAGCGGGAGCCGACUGAGGUGCUGCGGAAAGCGGUGGAGAGGAUGCUGCCAAAGAACAGAUUACGAGAUGACCGGAUGAGAAAGCUUCGGAUCUUUCCUGACGAGGAGCACACAUACGAGGGUCUUGAGCUGUGGAAGUUUGAGAUGCCUCCACGAAAUAAACGAGAGUUGCGGCCCAGAGAGGCAAGGUUACUGCGAAAGCAACAGGCAGAGGGAGAGCAAAAACUUCAUAACGGUGCUUCUGUGGAGCCGAGUUGAAGAGUAACUGCUGGGACGAUUUCGCUGAAGCAUUUUCAUCCUGUGGCGGCUGAUGCCAGUGCCGCACCUAUUUUUCAUUGCUGUACAGUUCACCCGUUCGUUAACAGUGUCCUUACUAUCAUGAUUCCUUUGUGGAUUGACAGGACCCAAAUGCUGCGAUCUAUCCUGUCAAGUAAUGUGCCAUGGACCUUCUGCUCAAGGAACAAUCUCAGCGCGCAACCCGCAGGAGGUCGACAGACUUAGACACAACAACUCUUCAGGGGUUACUAUGCUGUCGCGCUGGGCUACGUUUUUGGCUCGAAAGUUGAGUACUUGCAUGGAUGUUUUCU